AUGCCGCGGUUCAAGCUCGUCUUCUUCUCCCCCAUCGCCAACACGCAGCCCAUCCUCCACCAUCUCUUCGAGCAGUUCCCGCGAAACGUCGGGAAGAUCGGCGCGUACGGCGGGUGCGCGUUCGUCACCCGAGGCACCGGCCAGUUUAUACCGCUGGAGGGCGCGAACCCGACGAUAGGCUCGGUGGGUGCGCCGGAGCGUGUUGAGGAGGAUAGGGUGGAGGUGGUCGUGCAGUCGGACGCGAGUGGGCCGGGGGACUCGGAUGUGAAGCGGGUGUUGGAGGAGUUGAAGAAGGUACAUCCGUAUGAGGAGGUUGCAUAUGAUGUGUAUAGGUUGGAAGAAUUCUGA